AUGAACCAGAGCAACCCCGAGCUCAAGCAGAGAUCAGUAGUGUCCUCUUUCAUCUGCUCAGAUGCAGGAGAAACCAAAGUUGCUCUAUUUCGGCGGAGUGAGAAAGUCAACACAUAUCAGCACCACCUCGCUCCCAUAUCAGGCAGUAUAGAGAGCCAUGAAACACCAGUAGCAGCAGCAUGGCGCGAGUUGAAAGAGGAGACUACUCUCACCCCACGAGAUGUUGAUCUUUGGCGGGAAGGAAAACCAUUCACCUUCAGUGAUCCUUCUGUCGGUCGGCAGUGGACCAUUUUCCCAUUCCUAUUCCGACUCAAAGUCUCCCGUGAAGGUGUUCGCGGGGAGGAAGGUAUUCAAAUCGACUGGGAGCAUGAAAGCUGGGAGUGGUAUAGUCCAGAGAGAAUACAAGAUGAUGAGAAAUUCGGUGGCGUACCACGUCUGAAAGAAAGCCUGCGAAGAGUGUGGUUCGAGGGUGGCAUGAACGAGGGCGCUAGCAAGGCACUCACAGCAGGCCUGGGAGAACUGAAGGCAGAUCACCAGAGUGGAUCGCACGAGCUCACCUCGAUUGCGCUGAGGGCCUUCCGGGAUGUUAUUGCGCAGAUAGGCGAGGAUAUUGACACAAAGUGGUGGGAAACUGCUCGCAUGUCUGCAUGGCAUCUGUGGAAAAAUGGACGAGAAAGCAUGGGGGCAGCUACCUUGAAUGCAUUUCUCGGAUUGCUCACCGACAUGGAAGAGAUCAUACACGAGACCCUCGACUCCAAGGUCAAAUGGGAACGCUUAUUGGCUUUGCUCGACCACCAUUUGGACAAGCGCAAAGACAUGCCCAGGCGUAUCAAACGCUCCUUUGCGAACUAUCUUGAAUGUAACUUCCUGUCUACAACAAGCUCGAAGCCUACGCCCUCUCUCGUUAUCCUCACUCUCUCGGCGAGCUCUACCAUCCGGGAUAGCAUCCUGGAGGCCUUCGCGUCCCUUCCAAUUCCUAAUCUGGACCUUAGGAUACUAGAAUCUCGUCCGCUUUGCGAAGGAGUCAAUAUGGCAUCUUCCAUCCUCUCUUCCUUUCAGUCAAGAUUUCACUCAUCUUCCGAUCGACAUCUGAAACUAUCUGUACACACCGAUGCAUCCGCCGCUCUCGCUAGCAAGGAAGUGGAUUUCGUCCUGCUUGGGGCAGACAGGAUCUCGGAUUCAGGCUCAGUGAGCAAUAAAACUGGAUCUUUGCCAGCUGUUCUGAGUGCCAAACAUGUCUGUCCUACCACCAAAGUCUUGGUUCUCAGUGAGCUGGAGAAGGUGGCCGAGCCUGGCGCCGAGAGUGAUCAUAGCCACGAAGAGAAUGAUCCUAAAGAGCUGGUGUGUUGCUGGGUGGACGGCGGCCUUAAAGGAGUUAAGAUUCUUGCUGAGGGAAUUGAGGCUGAUCGAGACAACACCAACUACGCAGUCGAAGUUAAGAAUAUCUACUUCGAAUGGGUUCCAGCUGAACUCAUAGAUGCUUAUAUCUGUGAGGAGGGGACUUUGGACGCCACUGCUAUUCAAGGGAAGGCCCAACAGGUAAAACAGAAGGUGGACAGAUACUUUGGCCAACUCUAG